AUGGCUAAGCCAAACCACUCCGGUCACAGCGGUCCACGUGGCCGUCUCGCCCUCCGCCUACUCCUCUUAGUCCCGACCCCCCUUCUAGUAGCUUUUCUUCCCCGCCGCCCAACUCGUUGACUUCAAAUAAAACAUACUCUAUCCUUUCUUGUCCUCAAUCCAAUUCCUAUUCCUACUCGCUUACGCAUGGCUAAGCCAAACCAGUCCGCCGGUCGCCGCAGUCCACGUGUCCGUCUCGCCCUCCGCCUACUCCUCUUGAUCCUGACCCCCCUUCUAGUAGCUUUUCUUCUCGCCGCCCAACUUGGUGACUUCGAUCCAGUGCCCUUUCCGGCAGGCUUCGACUCACCGGAGAUCGCGGCAGUUUACAAAAAUCACCGGGCGGUGCUCGGAAAAGAGAGCGAACGCUUAGGCGAUGGCCUGUUGCCGGGGCCCGAGGAUUUGGCCUAUGAUGCGAAAGAGGGGUUUAUUUACACCGGUUGCAAUGAUGGGUGGAUCAGGAGAUUCCGGCCGGCGGAAAAGGGCGUUGAAGACUGGGCUUACGUCGGCGGACGGCCGCUUGGUGUUGCUCUCUCGCCAGAUGGAAGCAUUGUGGUUGCCGAAGCUUACAAGGGACUCUUGAAAGUGAAUGAAGAUGGGGAAGUAAACUUGCUAACAGAUGAGGCUGAAGGUCUAAAAUUUAAAUUGACAGACGGCGUUGAUGUUUCAUCGGACGGCUUGAUUUACUUCACUGACGCAUCACAUAAGUAUGACAUAGAGGACCAUGUUUUGGAAUUUCUUGAAGGAAGGCCUAAUGGACGGUUGAUUAGCUUUGAUCCAUCAAAUAAUCAAACAGCAGUGCUUGCACGUGAUCUCUAUUUUGCUAAUGGUGUAGCUGUUUCUCCUGACCAACUCUCUCUCAUCUUCUGUGAAUCCUCUCUGAGAAGAUGCAGUAGAUAUUUCAUUAAAGGUGAGAAGAAAGGGGAAAUUGACAAGUUUGUUGAGAACUUACCAGGAUAUCCAGAUAACAUUAAAUAUGAUGGAGAAGGUCAAUAUUGGAUUGGGUUAAGUGGGGGAAGGUCCAAGUUAUGGGAUCUGAUAUUGAAAUAUCCCCUACUUAGAAAAUUUUUGAUGAUUCUUUCUAAGCUGAUGAGUCUUCCCCCACCUAAGGAAGGUGGUGUGUUAAGUGUAAAUUUGGAAGGAAGACUAAAAGCUCUUUAUUCAGAUCGAGAUUUGCCCUCCGUCACAUGUGGACUAAAAGUGGGGAAGCAUCUCUAUCUAGGCUCGAUUUCUAAAGGCUAUAUUCUCAGGAUUGACCUGCUCAAAUUUGAAGCAGAUAUAUGAUCAUGUGGAAAAUAAAAAUUUGGCUGUGAGUAUUCUGAAUUGAGUUUCUUUCAAAAAUAUAAGAUUACUGGUUUUGAACUGCAAGAUAGUUAUGUUUAUUUUACACAAUAAUUGUUAAGUAAAGUUUAACUCUGGAUCUUAGUUUUAUCCCUUAAUGAAUGUGCUGGGUGUAUGUUAUCAUUGUUACU